AUGGCAUCACCAGCUUUCGCCAACUAUCCGAAGCCGGUGGAAGGACCGGACACCAAGUACGCGGCUCCUCCGGCGAAGAAUCCUGUUCUGCGAGGAUAUUCUUUGGUCGCUGCUAGCGCUCUGGUAUCAAGGUCAGGGGUUCUUCAGCGAUUCUUCUGGAACAAUGCAGGGUUUGGCAGUGUCAAGAAUCUGUCCGUCCUGGAUGGCGUUCCGCAUACCUUUGACCCUUGCGUGACUCCACUAGGAGAAACCGGCCCUGUACUUGACUUCGAACCUGCUCUCCUUGCCGCCAAGCAUGUCGACCCCAAGACCAGGUACUACUCCAUCAACGACUAUCACCAGCUCUACAAGUCGGGCAAAGCAACCCCACUUGACGUCGUCAACGCCCUCCUCCCUCUGACCAAGCCCGGAGUAGGGACCAAGACCGGGUAUGGAGACGCCUGGGCCGACAACCACGGCAACGACGAGUUGGUGUUUGAGGCUGCUCAGGCGUCGACCGAGAGAUGGGCUGCCGGCAAGCCAUUGGGCGUUUUGGACGGCGUGCCCAUUGGUGUCAAGGAUGACGUGAAUGUCAAGGGCUAUGUCAACCACAACGGCAUGAAAUAUAACGCCGACUCGCCGUUCUUCAAGAGACAGGAGAAGUCUGCGUGGUGCGUGCAGAUGCUGCAGGAUGCGGGAGCCGUGGUUCUCGGCAAGAAUCGCAUGCAUGAGCUUGGAUCAGACACAUGUGGUCUUAAUGUUGCCCAAGGAUCACCGACAAACCACCUGAACAAUGAGUACUACCCCGGAGGAUCUUCCUCAGGACCAGCCUCCGCCGUAUGUGCCGGCAUCGUGCCCAUCUCCGUCGCCACCGACGCAGGCGGCAGCAUCCGCAUCCCAGCCAGUUUCAACGGCCUCUACGGCCUCAAGACAUCUCACCACCGAACAGGAUACAUGGGCAGCACCAUGUGUAUCACGGGUCCUAUCGCAGCCAAUGUCGCCGAUCUCACCAUUGCCUAUCGACUCAUGUCACAGCCCAAUCCCGACGACGGCAUCCAAGGGGUAUUCGGUCGCUCCAACCCCCCUCAACCAUCUGCCAAACGCACCAUGGGCGUCUAUCGCGACUGGCUGAACGCAGCUGACCCCGAGGUCCUGGAGCACUGCAACAACGCACUAGACUACUUUGUCAAAGAGCGCGGCUACGAGAUUGUGGACAUUUCACUCCCGCACCUCGCGGAUGCCCAGCUCUCCCACGGCAUGAUCUGCAUCACCGAAAUGGCCGAGGCGGCCCGUCGAAGGACCAAUAAUCCAGCAGACUGGCUCUCCCUCGUCGGCUCGGUGAACCAGCUCGUCAUGACGGUUGGGCAGCAGACACCCGCGUCCGACUUCCUCAAGUUCAACACCAUGCGGACGGUUUUGAUGCGCCAUUUCGCGUUCCUGUUCCAAAAGUACCCUGGCCUGCUCAUCAUGUCGCCUACUACACCUCUCAACGGCUGGCCCAAGCAUCCCGGUGACGCGGCCCUGGGAAUGAACGACGCCAACACCACGUUUAGAAACAUGAUGUACAUCUUCUUGGCUAACAUGACGGGCACGCCGUCUGUCUCGGUGCCUAUUGGGUAUGCGCCUCCGAAGCAGGGCAAGGGCAAGGUGCCGGUUGGACUGAUGGCCACGGGUGAAUGGGGAAGUGAGGAGCAGCUGUUGGCGUUUGCGGGCGAGGCCGAGGAGUAUUUGCAUGAGGUGUACGAUGAGGGUCGACGGAGACCGGAUGCGUGGUUGGAUGUAAUGGCUUUGGUAGGUGGCGAGCAUGGGAGUGAGAAGGGUAAUGGGAAUGGGAAGCGUCAGUGA